CUCCAAGCAUAAGUCUGUCUGUCGGCAUAUCUUCGUAGUUCGUAUCUUUGACUUCCCUGUUCCCGCGCUGUGUGAUGUUUGCGAACAUCGGGAUUGUAGUGUGUACUGUGUAACGUGUUUGACUGUUUGUAAUGGACGUCAGACGUGAUACUUGUUGUAGUGUGGGCAAUCGCCGGAGAAGAGACUCAUCGGCUUCGUCGUGUAGUGAACGAUGUGAAGAUGAAGACCGUAGGGAUCAAGGAGUUGCGAUGACUAUUGUGACUCUAAAUGCUAUUUUGGACGAUAAUAAUCGUAUGUUUGAAUUUCUGAGGAGUUUUGGUGUUCUUGGUGAUAAAUAUAUAUGUGCUAAAUGCCGGAAGCUCAUGUCCUGUGUUAAAGUCCCACCAAAUAGAUGCAGAGAUCGGCUUAUGUGGCGAUGCCGAAAAGACGACGUAUGGAGGUCCGUUCGCAAAGGGACAUGGUUUGAAACUGCGAGGCUUAGCGUUAGAACUAUUGUUUUAAUGUCGUACUGUUUUUGUAUGCGCAAGUCUUUUAUAUCUACAAGUCGCAUGACAGGUUUGAGCGAGAGAUCAGUCGGAGACUGGUUUUUGUCAUGUAGGGAAAUUUGUUCAGCGUUGUUGAAGAAGAGAGGGAAGAUUGGUGGCCCAGGUGUUGUGGUUGAGAUGGGCGAAUCGUGUUUCGGACUUGCUGAGAAUCGUAAAGGAAAGUGGUUACCAGAACUUUGGGUUUGGGGAGCAGUCGUUUGUGGGAAAGAACGUGGGGACCUGGUUUUGAAAAUAGUUGAGAAGAGGGAUGCAAGGACUUCGCAACGCCUUCUUGAAGAACAUGUCGAGGACGGGACUGUGAUAUGUUCAGAUAUGUGGGAGAGUUAUGAGGACGAAGGGGCAGUGGACCUGCAGACUUUUGCAGACUAUCACAAUUACCAAUUUCGUAAUAAAGUGAUUGGUACCAUGGAGCAAUGUUGGGAGAAAGUAAGGAGAGUUGUGGGGAGAGGGAAGAGACGGCGCAGCGGUUUGCAAAGUCAUUUGGAUGAAUACGUUUGGAGGGAGAGUGUAUUUGGAAACGGGUGCGUGUUUCAUUCUUUUAUGCGAGGUGUGGGAACAGUUUAUGUACCGUGUGUAGAGGACCCUACGCCUGUAACAGAAUAUCUUAAACUGUCAGCCAGAGCCAUGACGACAGCAGAAGGAAAAGGAUGCCCUUCGCAGUCGUCAGAGGACUCUACACCAGUAAAAGUCGAGCGAUACCCGUCACUGUCAGCAAUAGGUCCAUCUUCAACAGUAGCACCUGCAAUGAACUUUACAGUGCAGCCAAAGGAAACACCUAAGAAGCGCAGAAAAUGUGUCGUAUGAGAGUAUUUUUGGUAACCCAAAUCAUAUUGGAGAGGAGAUGUUGGGGAUAUAAUGUUUUUCUUUUAUUCAUCUGUCAGUUAUGGAAUACCUCACCGAAGACUUUAGAAUCUGUUGUUUUGAAACUUUCUAUGUGUGACGGCCCUUUUCUCGUUUGCACUGCCAGUUUUUCUGCACGACAUUGAUGUGAAGGCUAUGGGUAACCUUGUGGCUACCUCACGUCACAGUCAUCUGAGUAUCGGUAGUACGGAGUGCCGGCUAUAAUAGCAGAGCCAGAGAGCGCAGUGUGACACCACCGAAUACCAGAUUUGUGAAAGGAUACCAGUUCGACCCAAUCGAGUUUAAAACUGUGACAGAACAGCGGAGAAUACCACUAUCUACACCUGCCAAACAGUUUGGUCCGUGGGCCGCUGCAGGUAAAGUAAAACCUUGGAAGUGUUCUACGUUGUGCCUCUCGAAAAGUGGGUAACAACUUUUCCUUCAGAAGAAAAGAGCCUGGAGCUACACGUAUGGAUCAAAUCUUGAGGAAAAUGUAAAAAAAAAUGGUUCAAAUGGCUCUGAGCACUAUGGGACUCAACUGCUGUGGUCAUCAGUCCCCUAUACCUUAGAACUACUUAAACCUAACUAACCUAAGCACAUCACACACAUCCACGCCGAGGCAGGAUUCGAACCUGCGACUGUAGCAGUCGCACGGGUCCGGACUGCGCGCCUAGAACUGCGAGACCACCGCGGCCGGCGAAAAUCUAAAACUGCUAAAUUGUAAACAGUGUACAUUUUAAUUUACACUCGUCAGAAUAAAGUACUGAUAUAAUGAACAAACUGUUACUUACAAUGUGUGGUUCAGAGUCAUAUAAACCCUACUUUAUUUUGUCUGCAAUACAUUUCGCUUUGCUGCUUCAAACAACUUGACGGAGACGAGGUGACACCCAAUCGAUUUAAAGUGCCGUGUCGUGCAGUACGGAACACUGCAGAACGGCCUCUGCGUCUGCCCCGUCUGUCGUCAAUUGUAUUCUGUUUAGGACGACACGGAAAAGCACAGUCUGACGUGAGCUAUCUGUCUCAGUUUGUUAUAAAUGUUCUCACUGUGUGCUGAACCUUCCUGUUUAGAA